AGUCCGUCCGGAUCCGAGGAUAUCCGCAUGUCUGAGACAGAAGCCGAUCGCAACUAUCGGCUCGACGCCCAGUCUGGGACUCGCAAGUUCUAUUUGUGAUCCGACGUUGUUGAACUGACUUUACAAUUUAACACUAGAGUCGUAUGCGUGGACGAGCCUCGCUCGAAGAGGACACACACGACCCGCCCUCCCGCUUCACGUACGGCCGCUACCGGCAGCCGUCAGCGAUGGGUGGAGCGGCAGGGGGUGGAGCCUCGUCAACAGGAGGCGGAGCGUCGAACUUCAGCCACGCCCACUCGGUAUUGGGAGGCGGGGUCUCGGUGGGAGGGGGCGGAGCCUCGAACUUUGGCCACUCCCACUCGCCGCUAUCCGCCCACCACCACCACCACCACAUGUUGCGAGGCGAUGGAGGAGGAGAGGAGGAGGGCAUAUAUGAGAGUGCCGAUCCACCGUCGAGGCAUCACAGAGGAGGAGGCGAUAAUACGCCCGACAGCGAGAGUGAUGACUUUAUUCAAGCUCAACAAGUGCUAGUCCAGUCGGCUAGUGAUCUGCCGCUGCCAGACCCGCCCGCCACCACAAAAGUGGCACCCAAAGCGGGUCACAAAAUGGCGUCCGAGGCAGGACACAAAGUGGCGCCCGAAGCGGGACACAAAGUGGCGCCCGAUGUGGGACACAAAAGAGAGUACUAUCCAUCGCCGGAGGACCACAGCGCAGAGUCGUCUCCGGUGGACUCCGACGGCCACGAAGACGAUGAAGAGGAGGAGGAGGACGAUGACGAGGAGGAGGGGGAGCUGGAGGCAAUAGUGCGUCAGAUUUCAAGGCCAUCUUCUGCCAUGGAGGAGGUUAGACGUCAUUCUUUGCCGAGUUCUUCACAAGAUACUCUCGAAUCAUCUAGUGCUUCACCUGUGACAGAACAGUCUGCACUCAUCAGGCCUAAACGGUAUCCAGAAUACAAGCACUGAUGUCAAGAGGCUCCAGAAUUUGUGAGUGAUGUCAGAUGAUGUUCAUAAGGAACCUCCAAGAUUUGUGAUUUGUGAGAAAAAAGUGCUAUGUUGUCAGUUUUUUUAUGAAAUGUCAGUUCACAUGGAACUCCCAGAGUAUGUGAUUUCUCAAAAAUAUAUUAUAAGUGUUGAUGUCCAAGUGUAAUAUUUCUAUGUGUAAGAAAAAUCAUCAAAAUGCUCUCAAGGAUCUAUUGUUGAAAGCAAUUUUGGUUGAUGUUCACAAGAAACCAUCAUACUUUGUGAUUAUUCAUUAAUAAAUUCAGUAAUAUCUGAAUUCACCCACUGAACUGGUGAUCAUUCAUGAAUAUAUCCACUGAUAUCCAAAGUUACCUACUGAACUGGAAAAUCAAGUGAAGAAAGCUUAUAAGAAUUCUAGAGAAUCCUCUCAUAAUAGUGUAUUCUUAGAUGAAGAGAUUUCUUUUGCUAGAAACACAUUUUAAUCAUCAACAUUCUCAAUUGAUGUGAUUUGGAGUGAUUUCUUCAUAAGAAACACUUUUGAAUCAUCAACAUUUUCAAUUGAGUAUUCCAAUUAUCGAUGUUCCACAAAAUGUGUAAGCUCUAGAUAUUGUUUAUUGAAAGGAAUAUCUACGAAUGUCCAAUAAUCUCCACAAAGACAAAAGUUUGUGAUGUUUUGAAUGUUUUUGUGUAGAUGAUAUACCAGGAAUUAUGAUGUAUAUAGAUGUCUCAUUUAUCAUACAUAAGAUACAUCCAAUUCAUAUGAUGUAUUAUACUCCAGUGAGUUUGUGAAUCUGUGUUGAUAUUAGAAAAACUAUGUGUAAAUCUCAACAAAUGAUGGGAAAAGGGUAUUAUGUAUAUGAUGAUUUUGUGAACCAUGGUUUCUAUGGUUUACAAGAGUGGAAAACUACUGUCCAAGUCCUCAAAGAAUAGGAGUGAAUCUUCAAGAGUUCUCUGAAGAAAGUUGUCAUUCGAUUAGUGUUUUGUGUAAAAACGAUUACUGGAUUGGUGUUUAACUGUGUAGAUGUCUAGUAGGAAGUAAUGUUUCAUAAUAUUAUGGGAAAUGUGGAAUCUUAUUGGAAGGGUAAUUUUAUAUAGGUGUUGUUUGUGGGAAAAUAGAAUAACAUGUUGGAUAACUUCAAUUUGAUGACAUAAUCAUGUUUUCAAAGUUGAUAAUAAUUGCAAAAAAAAUUGGCAGUUUUGCCAAUAUCGGCUAUCUUGCAUGAUAGCAACUGGAGAUUGAAACAGGGUUUGAAAUGAUGGGAAGAAGGAGAAGAAUUGAGUGGAGGAGGAGGAAAAGGGGAAGGAUAUGAUUAUGGAGAAGGAGAAGGAGAAGAAUGAGAAGGAGUAGGAGAAGAAGGUG